AUGGAGGGCGGGCCAUGUCCAAAGAGUCGUGCCAACAAGCCUGCCAGUUGCUAUUUUGUUGCUGUUGUUGUUGUUGUUGCUGCUGCUGCUGCUGCUGGAUCCUCUGCUUCUCCUUACAAGCCCCGUUCGCGCAACAGGCAUGCAGCACAUCAACCCGGGAUACAGAGUUACCGAGCCCUCCGGCGGAAACGCGCGGGCAUGAAGUUAAACGGGAUGUUCACUCAGUCUUCACUUAAAAAUAAGAAAAAAAAACGACGAGGCGGUAUGCAGAAGGGCUGCAGAAGAACGUCAACAUCAACAACACAAAAAACAAAGCAAAACAAAUUGAUGAGCCCUGGAAGGCGUCCUAGCCGUCAACAUGAUGACUGA